AUGCCAAAUGAGUUACAUGUUGAAAAGCCCGAUCGGCCUCCGAGGUGCCGGGAAAGGCGUAGCGUCCGUGCACUCUCCGCGGCCACCUUCACCCCGGAGGGCGCUGUUGAGGAGGUUUCCACUGAACGCGAGGCGCCCGCCAUCUUCGGCAAGUCGCGCUUCAACUCGAUGAGGAAGGUGGAGAAGCCGGUGCAGGCGCCAGUGGACCCGAACUCCCUCUUCAUGGCCUGUUGCGAGCAGCGCGGCCUCCCGGAUGCCUGCCUCCAGAAGUGCACCUUCAACACGUACAGCAAGGAGUCGCUGACCCGGAUGUACUUCAAACAGGACGCCUGCCCGCUGGCCGCCUCGGCUGAUAUUCAGUUCUGUGCUGCUCAGGGUCGCGAUCACCGAGCUUGCUGCGCCCGCAACGGAGUAGCCAAUACCCUAGCUGGAGCCAAGUGCCUCACCUUCUGCGACCAGCGCCCCGGGAACGUGACCCUGCUCGACUACUCGUACGUCUCCUGCUACGAGCGCUUCGAGAACAUGAAGAGCUGCUUCUGGUACGACGCCGUCAACCGGUUCAAC